AUGGCCAUCGCCGCGGGCGCGAGCGGCUUGCGCGCCGCGGAACAAGAACCACCACCACGCGUCGAAGGCGUGCUCCUGCUCCACCCUUCGUUUGCUGGUGAGCAGAGGAUGGAAGAAGAGGUAGACGGAUUCUGGCAAGCUAAUAAGAGGAGGUGGGGCCCCAUCUUCCCCGGUGCGAGAGACGGGCUGGACGAUCCGAGGAUCAACCCGAUGGCCGCUGGCGCGCCGAGCCUGGCGAAGCUGGUGGGCGAGCGGCUGCUGGUGUGCACGGCGUCGGAGGACCCGAGGGCACCGAGGGGCCGGGCGUACUGCGAGGCCGUGAGGGCCAGCGGGUGGCGGGGGAAGGUGGAGUGGUUCGAGUCACAAAACGAGGGACACGCAUUCUUCGUCGCCGGCCACGGCAGCCCCGAGGCCGUUGCGCUGAUGGAUCGAGUGGUUGCGUUCAUUGCUGGCUAUUGA